AUGAAAAUAUCAGAAUGUCAUCAUGUGCGUAUUAGGGACGCAAACAAUUGUAAUAUUGAUGUGGAAAAAUUUAUACAGUCGAUUGAAAAGCAAUAUAAGAUAGACUUCAGAUCUAUUCCCCAAUGGAGGGAAUCGAUACAACGCUUACAUGUUACGACAACGGAUUGCAAACGAAAAAUACAAGAUUCAAAUCGCCGAAAAAAUUUAAUUAUAAACAAAAUUUGUCUACAGUGGAGUCGUCCAUCACCUUUUGAAUUAACAGAUAAGUUGGCUAGAACUUUAAAUAAGUGGCGUAAAUUGCCGUGUUAUGAUAGAAAACGGAAAAUCUCCUUAAAACCGGAACCGGAAGUAAUACAUUCUUCUUCUCAACUUGAGGAGCAGUCUGUGGAGGCGAGUGAAACUGCCCAUCAAAACACUGAAAUUGUCCCAUCAGAAGAACAUAUUGAGGCAAAAUUAAAAGCAACCGUAGACUCCGAGGUAAAAACUUGGUCAUCGCCAACACCAACACAUUUACCUACCUCGAUAUGUACGAAUCCGAAUAAACUUAUAUCCCCUCUCAAUUCAAACGAUAGCCCACUCAUGAAAGAGUCAAUUAUUUCCACAGAUUCUGUUUUAAAGACGGAAAUGGAAACAAAAGAAUGGUUAAUAUUUAAAUCUACCUUGGGCAUUGCAUGUAGUCCUGCAAAACUUACCAUCGAUAACAAAUCUUUGAAACGACAAAGUAUGAAAUUUACUUUAACUAACUGCACAACUGAAUACAUUCACGCUAGAUUUGUAUGUGUAACUGAUGAGUCUUCGUUAAAAUUAGUAAAGAUUUUACCAGAAACAGCACUGCGACUGUAUCCAGGGAUAGCAGUUACUUUUAAAUUCACAUUCAAGCUGCUUCAAAAUGAAAGGGAGUUUGAAUCGAGUUUAUAUUUUAAAGUAGGUCACAACGUACUUAUUGAUGCACCUUAUGAAGCGUGCCAUGUGCCGAUAUUUAGCAAGUUUAAAGAUUGGUGCCAUGUGUCUGUUUCCGACACGGUAUCUAUACCACCUGUAUAUUUGUGGCAUAUUAAACGUGGCUAUCCUAAAGGAGUAGCGACUGUUUGUGUCAACGACAGUAAUUACUAUCAUGUUCAUAUUUAUAAGCAUGUGAUGGAUUUGGCCAAAUUACCCGAUAACAAAGCGAUGUCAUUGGAGGUGGUCGCUCCGACUUCACAAAGCUUGAUACAAAGAAUUGAAGAUGGAGAGAUUGAAGCUCAAAGUAAUAUUUUAGCUAUAACUAGAGAUGAAACAAUUGAUGAAAAUGAAUUAAUAACACCAGCUGAUAUAGUCGCUUUAGUUCUUGAUGAAAUAAUAGAACUGUGUUUAGAAACAUUUUUGUUUGAACACACGUAUUUAUAUAUGCAACCGCAAUCGAAAAAAUCGUUCCCGGUGUAUUUUGUUCAUCCACACCAUAUUGGAAAACAUCAAUUUUAUUAUGACGUAGAAUUUACAGAUCCUAAAACUGAAAAUGUUGUAACUAAAGUACCUAUUAAAGUGUUUGCUGAAGUUCUACCACAUCCUAUUCAAAUAGAUCCAUAUAUAUUGGAUAUGUCAAGUUCACCCAUAACGCAUGGAAUCUGCGAAGGUAGUUUUGUGAUAAUGAACACGCAUAAACUUUAUCCAGCUACUAUUAAAAUCAAGUUAACUACCAAAAUGAAGAAACUUUUUACAGUAUCGCCCAUGGAGACAUUAGUGCCCACAACAUCAAGUGUAAAUUUUAAAGUAAGAACUUGUUCAAGAGAAUUUUUGUCGGGGAAAAGACGGGAAGAAUUUGCGAUUUUUACCUUUAAAAUCAUUGUCAAUGGCAAUAUCGCGGUAUAUGACAAUGUCCCGCCGAUAUUUUACGAAAUUAUCGCACCGUGUGCAUUAGAAUUCAAAAAAGUUUAUAACGAAAAUUACUACAAAGAAAUCUCGGAGAAAAGUCAUAGUGAAAUGAAUAAUGAUGAGCAAUUUUGAUGUUAGAGGUGUUUUCAGAU